AGAGAGCGUAAUCAUAAAGUCCGUCCGAAACAAAAAGUCCCUCCCUCCCUCCCACCAUGCUUCACUCCCGAAACGGCUCAUAAUUCAUAAACAACGUUUCAUCAUUAAUACGGUGCCGUUUCGAAGAUGUUCAAUAACAUAGAGCCACGUGGUUGGCGACAAGCUAAGACAUGACUACGCGGUUUCGCUGUUAUCUUUGUUCCACGCGACACAUGAGCCUGCUCCGUCGCCCCUCCCUCCCCCUCUCAUGGAAGAAGGAACCUGAAACCCUCACAUAGAGAAGAAAAACAAGCCCAACACCACGCCAUCCACGAUCUCAUCCUUAAACUGUGUUUUGUGGGUUUGUUUGUACUUGGUACGAGAAUCUGGUCCUCAUAAAUUUGAAUCCGGGGUGCGGAUCUCUGUUCCGUUCCUUCGAGAUCCACGGUCCCUCCCUCCCAUCAUGAUGAUGUCUUCCGGGACAUCCUCGUACUGGUGCUACCGCUGCAGCCGCUUCGUUCGCGUCUGGCCCCACCACACCAUCGUCUGUCCCGACUGCGACGGCGGCUUCAUCGAAGAAAUCGAACACCCGCCCCGCUCCGUCCACCUCGACCCCCGCCGCCGCCAACGCUUCCCCGCCGCCGCCAUGUACAUGAUCGGCCAGCGCCCUUCCUCGGACCACCCCUCCCGCCCCGCUGCCCUCCGCCGCACCCGCCGCAACGGCGGCGACCGCUCCCCCUUCAACCCCGUCAUCGUCCUCCGCGGCGGCGCAGCCACCGCGGAGGAUGAAAGUCGCGGCUUUGAACUCUUCUACGACGACGGCGCCGGCUCCGGCCUCCGACCCUUACCACCUAGCAUGUCAGAGUUUCUCCUCGGAUCUGGCUUCGACAGACUCUUGGAACAACUCUCUCAGAUUGAGAUCAACGGUAUUGGACGGUACGAGCACCCUCCUGCUUCAAAAGCAGCCAUUGAUUCAUUACCAACCAUCGAAAUUGAUGACACCCAUUUAGCCAUGGAGUCACACUGCGCGGUUUGUAAGGAAGCUUUCGAAUUAGGAACUGCAGUUAGAGAAAUGCCAUGCAAGCACAUAUAUCAUCCUGAAUGCAUAUUACCGUGGCUCGCACUUCACAACUCUUGCCCCGUUUGUCGCCACGAGUUACCCGCUGAUACCCCGAAUCCAAAUCAAAAUCAAAAUCCGUCUCAAAAUGUUGCCUUGAACGAGGAGGAGAAUGUGGGGUUGACGAUUUGGAGGUUGCCUGGUGGAGGGUUUGCGGUGGGUAGAUUCUCCGGUGGGAGAAGAGGUGCUGAGAGAGAGCUUCCUGUGGUUUACACUGAAAUGGAUGGUGGGUUUAACAAUGGGGGGGGUGAGCCGAGGAGGAUUUCUUGGUCCAGAGGGAAUAGAGGGAGGGAGAGUGGAGGGUUGACUAGGUUUUUCCGCAAUCUGUUUGGUUGCUUCAGAGGAAGUAGUACUCAGCGUUCUGCUUCUAGUAGAGAGUCUAUGAGGGCGAGUUCCUCUCGUUCUAGUACUAUGGAUCCUUCGUUGCGGUCUCGGAGGACUUGGUCUAUGGAUGUAAACAGUGGGAUGAGAGCGUGGUAGUAGUAGUAAUAGGAUCGAUGACUGAUGAGGGUAAAAGGCUAAAAAUCUCAACUUUGUUUCUGGGUUCCUCUGUGUACCGUGUCAUUGUCAAAGUGUACAUAAUGGGAUUGAUCGAUCGAGAGUCGUCGAGGAUGCAAUGUCUUGUGAUUGAUUCUCACAUUUUCAGGAUGUUGGAUGGGGAAACCGUUGUGUUAGCAAUAGGGGAUUGGGGCAGGGAGUGGCAUCAACAAUGGGAGAAAGUGAAACCAAUGGGGAGGAAUGAGGUUGAAGGAGGGACUCGGGCCGUGAUUGUGAAGUAUUAUCUUUGGAAUUUUUGGGGGGAGGGGGGACAUGAUGUGAUGAUGAUCAUGAACUUCAUUUUACUUUGAUAAUGAACUGAAGCACCUUCGUAUUGUUUAUUUUGUUCCAUGCUUUAUCUUUCUCGUCAUUGGUAUAUGAUCCUCUAAAUUCAUGGUGUCGUUAUUUGUCAUUGGUUUUUACCAUACUGCUGCCUUGAAUUGAUUGUGUUGAUGAUGAUGACUUGUUUAGUUUGAUGCUGAGCUAUUUUACCUCGCUAAAUUUGUAUAAUUUCCUAUUAGCCAA